AUGGAGUCUGGUGCCAUACCUGAUAGCAGCAUCACUGCAUCUUCGGUCUGGACUUCACAUCACGAGCCCUUCCGUGCACGGUUAAACGGAGUUGCUGGAGGCGGCUGGGUAGCCGGAACCAACGACAUCGGGCAAUGGCUGCAGGUGGAUUUAGGGGAGCUGACGCGCGUCAAGGGCGUCAUUACACAGGGUCGUCAGCGGGAUUUCGCACAAUGGGUGACGUCGUACAAACUCCAUUACAGUGUAGAUGGGACUACUUGGGCGACAUACGCCAGCAGUGAUGGCUCAGAUAAGGUUUUCACAGCCAACACGGAUAACAACACACCAGUAACAAAUCUACUGGACAACCCAGUUGUUGCCCGUUUUGUGCGCUUCGUGGUUCAGUCCUGGAAUAAUCACAUCACCAUGAGGGCGGAGAUUCUAGGCUGCAGCACUGACACGUAUGUUGUUUAGCUACCUUUCUGUCCUGAUCGGCUUGGAAUGGAGUCUGGUGCCAUACCUGAUAGCAGCAUCACUGCAUCUUCGUUCUAUAAUUCACGUCACGAGCCCUUCCGUGCACGGUUAAACGGAGUUGCUGGAGGCGGCUGGGCAGCCGGAACCAACGACAUCGGGCAAUGGCUGCAGGUUUUCACAGCCAACACGGAUAACAACACACCAGUAACAAAUCUACUGGACAACCCAGUUGUUGCCCGUUUUGUGCGCUUCGUGGUUCAGUCCUGGAAUAUUCACAUCACCAUGAGGGCGGAGAUUCUAGGCUGCAGCACUGACAGUAGGUUUCUGUUGCCGUCUUGGUUAGAGUCUAGCUCACUUGCCUGA